CAGAUAUUCACUUUUAUUUCAGUAAAUAGUGGCUCUUAAAAGCACCUCAAAAGAAUCAGUUUUCUUAAGUGUUGAUUAGAUUUGAAGUGGGGAUUUCUGCGUACAGCAAAUCCUUUCUGACAUUUACCACUAGCACAUGUGUAAUCUGUGCUCCCAAACUGUCACUGUACACAGUGCCCUGAUGUUCUUACGGGCCUGAGCUCAGAGUGGCUCCGUGACCCUCGGAGGCUGUAGGAGGCAGGGCCGUGCUCGCCGCAGUGGGUCUGUGUCGCCAGCUGUCUGUGCAGCACAGCCCGCCCGCCCACGUCAGGCAGAAACGGGAAUCACCCUAGUUGCAAAGCUUCGCGCCUCAGGAGCCCGCCUGCCCCGUGACAAACGCGUGGACACUGCUGCCAGCUGGUGCAUGAGGGACUUGCUGACGACAACGGUCAGCACGCUCACCAGGCAGCAAGUAGGGGGUCAGGUCCCCAAGGCUUAUUUGUAGUUCCUUCUGUCCUGAUGACAUUCUCCCCCUCCCCAGUCUUACUGUUGUUACAAAUGGUUUGUUCGGGAGUGUAGCGCGUGACUUAACACCUGUCCAGUUAUCAGCUUUGCAGAACAGCAGAAGUAACCAGAGCUGGGAGCAGAGCCUGAGGUAAUACCCCACGCGCCACACGGGGGCGCUUGCCUUUCCAAGCGUUGUGACCUUUGGUUCCUAGUUGAACAUACUUAGGCUGUGCUGAUUAGGUGCAGACCGACCUCCGCCCCUUUCCUCCUGGAGGCCUGGCCCACACUCCUCCCCACCGUCCCUGUGCCCCACUCUGAGACUGUAGCUCUUGGUCCCCGCUUCUGUGGGGCACGUGUCACAAACUCCCUGGAUGCCAACUCAGUGGAUAUAUACUGUGUUUUUCCCUGUAUACACGCACGAGUCUGAGCCAAGUGAACACUCAUUCUGGAAACUUGCCACCCUGCCCAAGGUCGGCCUUAUAGCCUUCAUCCUCAUCUCUGUGAGCUCCUGCUUUGGCUUCCUUGACCCUAUUCUGUCUCUUUUUGUCUUGGGCAAGUUUAAUUUACCAGCUGGCUACGUGGGCCUGGUCUUCCUGGGAUUGGCACUGCCCUAUGCCAUUUCCUCACCGCUGUUUGGCCUGCUAAGUGACAAAAUGCCGCGCCUGAGGAAGUGGCUUUUGGUUUUUGGCAACUUAAUCACAGCAGUGUGCUUCAUGCUCUUAGGACCUGCCCCAGUCUUGCACAUUAAAAGCCAGAUGUGGCUGCUGGUGCUGAUACUGGUGGUCAAUGGCGUUGCUGCUGGGAUGAGCAUUAUCCCGACCUUCCCUGAGGUCCUCAGCUGUGCCUACGAAAAUGGGUUUGAAGAAGGCCUGAGUACCCUGGGACUCGUGUCAGGCCUCACCAGCGCCAUGUGGUCGGUGGGCGCUUUUAUAGGUCCGAUGUUGGGUGGAUUUCUGUAUGAGAAAAUUGGAUUUGAGUGGGCAGCAGCUGUACAAGGCUUGUGGCCCCUGACUAGUGGAUUAGCGAUGGGCUUGUUUUACCUCCGGGAAGACUCUAGAAGAAGAUCUAAACCCCAAAGCAUCAUGGACACCGAAGAGGAGAAAGCUGCUCUCCUGCCCUGCGGGGUUUAGUCCAUGAGCCGUGGCUGAGGCUGGGGAAAGACAGCUGCGAUCGGAAGUCACUGCUGGGAGAUUUGUUUCAUCACAGUGCUCCAUGGACUCCACACUAACGUGCUGGAAGCAUCAGCAUAAUUUGGGAUGAUUUCGUAUCAGACUGCACUUACUGUUGUCCUAAAAAGCUGGCCCCCUGAACCAAUCCUAUUUGCAACAUUUAUUAUGGGAAAGAUCAUUGAAAAGCAAUAAAAGUGUGUGUCUUU